AUGCCUGUCGAGCCUUUUGCCGUCGAGCAAUGGAUGGACAAGUACGAGACAACUGCCAAGUACAACAUCGCUGAAACAUGUUGUGCUUCCAUCUCCCUCGAAACUCUCGCCGGACUGAGUGACAAUAAAGAGGCAAAAGCGUCCGACAUUGUCGAUCUAUCCGCGGUCCAGGGCUACGGGGAAAUCAGAGGCAGCACCGCACUCCGGGAGAACCUCAGUCGCCUCUAUUCGACCAAAGUUGGGACGCCUUUAACUCCCAAGAAAGUGCUCAUCACACCGGGUGCCAUUGCUGCGAACCACAUUGUCUUGUACGCCCUUGUAGGAAAGGGAGAUCAUGUUGUGUGUCAUUUUCCAACGUACCAGCAGCUCUACUCGAUACCGACUUCCCUGGGUGCCGAAGUCGAUUUCUGGAAAUCGAAGCCGGAAAACAAAUGGCUGCCAGACCUAGAAGAACUCAAGUCUCUAGUAAAGGACAACACGAAGUUGAUAAUCUUGAACAAUCCGCAAAAUCCAACAGGCGCCAUCCUCCCAAAGAGCUUGAUGCAGGAGAUCGUGGCAUUCGUCGAGGAGAAGAACAUCACUCUCAUGUCUGAUGAGGUAUACCGACCUCUAUUCCACGGAAUCACGCCAAUGUCCUCCGACUUUCCCUCUUCACUCUUGUCCAUGGGCUACAAGAAGACCAUUGUCACCGGGAGUAUGUCCAAAGCCUAUUCUCUCGCAGGCAUUCGUGUCGGAUGGAUAGCUAGCCGUUCAGAAGAUAUCAUCGAGGAGUGCGCCAAAGCACGAGACUACACGACCAUCUCCGUCUCGCAGAUCGAUCAAGCGAUUGCUGCUUUUGCACUGUCGCCGGAAGUCAUCCACUCCUUACUCGGUAGGAACAUUCAACUAGCCAAAGCCAAUCUAGAGCUCCUGGAACGCUUCGUCAUCAAGCACGAUGAGUUCUGUUCAUGGGUGAAGCCUGUGGCUGGAACUACAGCCUUUAUCAAGUUUGAGCGGGACGGCAAACCAGUCGAUGCGGUGGCACUGUGCAAGGACAUUCUGGAGAAGACUGGAGUGAUGCUUGUUCCAGGUGACUAUGCUUUCGGUCAGGAAUGGAAAGGCUACGUGCGAGUUGGGUAUGUCAAUUCCACGGAGAUCUUGAAAAACGGACUGGAAGAGCUGCGCAAGUAUAUGCGGAGGGAGUAUGAUGAUGUUCCUCUUUGCKAGUAG